AUGUCAUCAAUGGCAGUCCCCUUCUACCAGAAGAGACACAAACACUUUGACCAGUCAUAUCGCAAUAUUCAAACAAGGUAUCUGCUGGAAGAAUAUGCAGCCAAAAAGCGGGCUCAGUCUUCCUCCACCCAGAAGUCAUCUUCCCAGAAAGCUUCUAGCAAGGCAUCAAUUGGAGGAACAACAUGCAGGCUUUGUGAGAAAAGGAUAAAGGCCUCCUCUGAAGAGGAAGAACGAGAAAGCAAAAGAAGAUCUCAAUCACUGCUGUCUUCUUAUGGAGAAGCAAAGAGGGAGCGUUUUCUUAAUGAACUGAGUUUCAUAGAAGAAGAUGUGCGCCUGGCUCGGUCUCUUGCUAGAGAAAAAUUGGACAAAUAUGCAAUUCAAGAAAUGGUGAACGAUAAGAUGGCCUGGGAGAGGCAUGUAUAUGAGGAAAGCAUAAGUCGAGCUCCUGAGAUUCUGGUGCGGCUUAGGUCCCACACUGUCUGGGAAAAGAUGAAUGUGAAGCUUUGCUUCACUGUACAAGGAUUUCCUACUCCCGUGGUACAAUGGUAUAAGAAUGAUAGUUUGAUUUGCCAAGCAGGUGAACCAGGAAAGUAUAGGAUUGAAAGCAGCUAUGGAGUGCAUACGCUGGAGAUAAAUAGAGCAAAUUUUGAUGACACUGCAACUUACUCAGCUGUGGCAACCAAUGUCCAUGGACAAGUCUCUACCAAUGCUGCUGUGGUUGUUAGGAGGUUCCGAGGAGAAGAGGAACCAUACCAUUCUGUGAGACUCCCCAUUGGGUUGCCCUUGUCAUCUGUAAUUCCUUACACCCAUUUUGAUGUUCAAUUUCUGGAGAAGUUUGGGGUCACCUUUAAAAGAGAAGGUGAAACUGUUACUCUCAAGUGCUCUCUGGUGGUUACUCCUGACCUGAAAAGACUCCAACCUCGAGUUGAAUGGUAUAGAGAUAGUUUAUUGCUGAAAGAAUCUAAGUGGACAAAAAUGUUCUUUGGAGAAGGACAGGCCUCGCUGUCAUUUGGCCACCUGAAUAAGGAUGAUGAAGGCCUUUAUACUUUAAGGAUCAUUUCCAGAGGGGGCGUAACUGAUCACAGUGCUUUUAUGUUUGUGAGAGAUGCUGACCCAUUAGUUACAGGGGCCCCAGGAGCCCCCAUGGAUGUGCAGUGCCAUGAUGCCAAUAGAGAUUAUGUCAUUGUGACAUGGAAGCCACCAAAUACAACUAGUGAGAGUCCAGUCAUUGGCUAUUUUGUUGACAGGUGUGAAGUGGGAACUGACAAUUGGAUUCAGUGCAAUGAUUCACCAGUGAAAAUCUGCAAAUAUCCUGUAACUGGACUUUUUGAGGGCAGAUCCUACAUGUUUCGUGUAAGGGCAGUAAACAAUGCUGGAAUCAGUCGACCUUCUCGAGUCUCUGAGGCAGUUGCAGCCCUUGAUCCUGUUGAUCUCAAGAGAUUACAAGCAAUUCAUUUGGAGGGCGAUAGAGAAAUUGUAAUCUACCAGGAUGAACUUGAAGGUGAUGUUCAGAUUCCAGGACCUCCCACCAAUGUACAUGCUUCAGAAAUCAGCAAAACAUAUGUUGUGCUCAGCUGGGAUCCACCUGCUCCCCGUGGCAAGGAGCCAUUAAUGUAUUUCAUUGAGAAGUCUAUGGUUGGUAGUGGGAGCUGGCAACGGGUCAAUUCCCAGACAGCGGUGAGAUCUCCUCGCUACGCCGUUUUUGAUCUCGCAGAAGGGAAACCAUAUGUGUUUCGAGUUUUGACAGCAAAUAAACAUGGGAUCAGUGACCCUUCAGAAAUUACUGCACCAAUUCAGGCACAAGACGUGAUUGUUGCCCCUUCUGCUCCUGGUCGAGUGCUUGCUUCAAGGAACACAAAAACAUCUGUUGUGGUUCAGUGGGAUAAACCCAAACAAGAAGAAGAUCUAAUAGGCUACUAUGUGGACUACUGUGUGGCAGGGACAAACCAAUGGGAACCCUGUAAUCACAAACCUAUUGAUUACAACAGGUUUGUUGUUCAUGGUUUAACUACUGGAGAGCAAUACAUCUUCCGUGUUAAAGCUGUUAAUGCUAUUGGGACUAGUGAAAACUCACAAGAGUCUGAUGUAAUAAAAGUCCAGGCUGCCCUCACUGUUCCAUCACAUCCUUAUGGAAUAACACUUCUCAACUGUGAUGGCCAGUCAAUGAUUCUUGGUUGGAAGGUGCCAAAAUUCAGUGGAGGAUCACCAAUACUUGGUUACUACAUAGACAAACGGGAGAAGCAUCAUCAUAACUGGCAUGAAGUCAAUUCUUCUCCAAUCAAAGAAAGGAUCUUUACAGUGGAGAACUUGACAGAGCAAGCAUUUUAUGAAUUCAAAAUUGCUGCCACCAAUCUGGUUGGUAUAGGACAGCCAUCUGAUCCCAGCGAGCACUUUAAGUGUGAGGCUUGGACAAUGCCAGAGCCUGGCCCUGCCUAUGACUUGACAUUCUGUGAGGUCAGGAAUACAUCCCUUGUUAUGUUAUGGAAAGCACCUGUGUACAGUGGGAGCAGUCCUAUUACAGGGUAUUUUGUGGAUUAUAAGGAAGAAGGUUCUGAAGAAUGGAUUACAGUCAAUGAGGCUACAACUAAAAAUCGUUACUUAAAGGUCACUGAUCUGCACCAGGGUAAGACCUACGUUUUUCAAGUCAGAGCAGUAAAUGCAAGUGGUGUUGGAAAACCAUCUGACACCUCUGAAGCUGUGCUUGUAGAAGCUAGACCAGGAACUAAAGAAAUAAGUGCAGGUGUAGAUGAAGAUGGUAACAUCUAUCUAAGUUUUGACUGUCCGGAGGCUACCGAUGCAUCUCACUUCACUUGGUGCAAAUCUUAUGAAGAGAUUGCUGAUCAAGAGAAGUUUAAUAUAGAGACUGAAGGAGACCACUCUAAAUUAUACUUAAAAAAUCCAGAAAAAUCAGACAUCGGAACUUACUCUGUAUCAGUUAGUGAUACUGAUGGCAUUUCAUCUAGUUUUGUAAUGGAUGAGGAAGAGCUUGAGCGCCUGAUGGUACUCAGCAAUGAAAUAAAGAAUCCAACAAUUCCUUUGAAAUCAGAACUAGCUUAUGAGAUUUUUGAUAAGGGCCAGGUUCGUUUCUGGCUCCAGGCUGAGCACUUAUCACCGGAUGCCAGCUACAGAUUCGUUAUUAAUGACAGAGAAGUUUCUGACAGCGAGACUCACAGAAUUAAGUGUGAUAAAUCGACUGGCAUCAUUGAGAUGGUAAUGGAUCGAUUUACUAUUGAAAAUGAAGGCACCUACACUGUGCAGAUCCAUGAUGGAAAAGCCAAAAAUCAAUCUUCAUUGGUUCUCAUUGGAGAUGCAUUUAAGGCUGUCCUGGAAGAGGCUGAAUUCCAAAGAAAAGAAUACCUCAGGAAACAAGGUCCUCAUUUUGCAGAGUAUUUACAUUGGGAUGUUACAGAAGAAUGUGAAGUUCGACUGAAGUGUAAGGUGGCAAACACAAAAAAAGAGACAGUUUUCAAAUGGCUAAAGGAUGAUGUUCUUCAUGAAGUUGAAACCUUACCUGAUCUGGAAAAAGGACUGUGUGAACUACUCAUACCAAAGUUGUCCAAGAAGGAUCAAGGUGAAUACAAGGCAACAUUGAAAGAUGAUAGAGGCCAAGAUGCAUCUAUCCUUGAAAUAGCUGGCAAAGUGUAUGAUGAUAUGAUCUUGGCAUUGAGUAGAGUCUGUGGCACAUCUGCUUCUCCAUUAAAGAUACUCUGUACUCCAGAAGGGAUAAGGCUGCAGUGUUUCAUGAAAUAUUUUACAGAGGAAAUGAAAGUGAACUGGUAUCACAAAGAUGCGAAGAUUUCUUCCAGUGAGCAUAUGAGAAUUGGGGGUAGUGAAGAGAUGGCCUGGAUGCAGAUCUGUGAGCCUACUGAAAAGGAUAAAGGGAAAUAUACAUUUGAGAUAUUUGAUGGCAAAGAUAACCAUCAAAGGACACUUGAUCUCUCUGGACAAGCUUUUGAUGAAGCAUUUGCAGAAUUCCAACAACUCAAGGCAGCUGCAUUUGCAGAGAAAAAUCGUGGCAAGGUGAUUGGUGGGUUGCCUGAUGUGGUAACUAUAAUGGAAGGCAAGACUCUGAAUUUGACUUGUACUGUAUUUGGAAAUCCUGACCCAGAAGUUGUCUGGUUCAAGAAUGACAAGGACAUUGAGAUCAAUGAACACUUUGUGGUCAAAGUGGAACAAGGGAAGUAUGUCAGCUUAUCCAUCAAAGGGGUGACCUCUGAGGAUUCAGGAAAAUAUAGCAUGAAUGUUAAGAACAAAUAUGGUGGAGAAAAAAUAGAUGUCACUGUGAGUGUGUACAAACAUGGUGAAAAGAUACCUGAAAUUUCUCUUCCUCAGGCAGCUAAACCAAAGCUGAUACCAGCAUCCACCUCAACUCCAGAGUAAUAAAAGAAGCACCUGGGGAAAUGCUCAAAAGGCAAAAUGCUUUGUCUCAGUAGUAUAUAAAUAAGUUGUAGUGGAGUGCUGUGCAGAUAGAGAAGUUAUUUAGGGUUAUGCUUUUAAAAGUGUUUCUGUUUGCUUCUGGAUACCUACCUAAAAGAAAAUUGACUAUGGGGGAAAUCAACCAACUAAGAAAAACAAUUCAAUAGGAAGAGACAUGUAUCUGACACUGAAAGUCAUGUGAGAUGAAAAUUAACUUUUUAAUUAGUUUCACUAUUGGAAAAGAGCAUCUAAAAACACCAAUAGCAUGUUGUGGUUGAGUGGACACCCAUAAUUCAUGCUAGUAGUGUUAUUGUUAAGUAGUCUUGAGUCUUCAGCAGUGUGUUCGAAAUCAUGCCUUUGGAGUCAUUGAAAACAGAGGUUACCUGGAUAUACGGUUUUUUUUUGUGC